CAGGUAUUAGCACGAGGAGAUCUGAAGUAAUGAGAAGUCAUCAUGGAGGCGCAGUCCCAUAGCUCUACCACGACGGAGAAGAAAAAAGUGGAGAAUUCCAUCGUGAAAUGCUCCAGUCGAACAGAUGUCAGUGAGAAAGCUGUUGCCUCCAGCACAACUUCCAAUGAGGAUGAAAGUCCUGGGCAGACCUAUCACAGAGAGAGAAGGAACGCCAUCACAAUGCAGCCGCAGGGUGGGCAAGGCCUCGGCAAGAUCAGUGAAGAGCCUUCCACGUCGAGCGAGGAAAGGGCCUCAUUAAUCAAGAAGGAGAUCCAUGGAUCUAUAUCGCACCUUCCCGAACCUUCCGUACCGUACCGCGGGACGCUCUUUACCAUGGACCCCCGAAACGGUUACAUGGACCCCCAUUACCAUCCGCCUCACCUCUUUCCAGCAUUCCACCCUCCUGUACCAAUUGAUGCCAGACAUCAUGAGGGACGCUACCAUUACGAACCAUCUCCCAUUCCUCCUCUGCAUGUGCCUUCUGCCUUAUCUAGUAGCCCGACAUACUCAGAGCUGCCGUUCCUUCGAAUUUCCCCGCACCGAAAUCCUGCUGCGACCUCAGAGUCUCCCUUCAGCACCCCUCACCCCUACAUCAACCCCUACAUGGACUACAUCAGGUCCCUGCACAGCAGCCCGUCCCUCUCCAUGAUCUCGGCAGCCCGCGGCCUCAGCCCAACAGACGCUCCACAUGCUGGAGUCAGUCCAGCUGAAUAUUACCAUCAGAUGGCUCUGUUGGCCGGCCAGCGCAGCCCCUACGCAGACAUCAUCCCUUCAGCUGCCACUGCAGGAGCUGGUGCUCUUCACAUGGAGUAUCUUCACGCCAUGGAUAGCGCCAGGUUUCCGAGUCCAAGAUUGUCAGCUAGACCGAGCCGAAAGCGUACGUUGUCCAUAUCCCCCCUAUCUGAUCACAGCUUUGACCUUCAGACCAUGAUACGGACAUCUCCAAACUCCUUGGUCACAAUUCUCAAUAAUUCUCGUAGCAGUUCCUCAGCCAGUGGUUCUUAUGGCCACUUAUCUGCAAGUGCAAUAAGCCCUGCUCUGAGUUUCACAUACCCUCCUACACCGGUAUCCCUCCAGCAAAUGCAUCAGCAAAUUAUAAGUCGUCAGCAAACCCUAGGUUCUGCCUUUGGACACAGCCCUCCACUCAUCCAUCCUGCACCAACUUUUCCUACCCAGAGACCUAUCCCCGGCAUCCCCAGUGUCCUGAACCCUGUCCAGGUCAGCUCUGGACCUUCUGAGUCCACACAGCAGAACAAACCCACGAGCGAAUCUGCGGUGAGCAGCACUGGAGAUCCCAUGCACAACAAACGCUCCAAGAUAAAGCCCGACGAGGACCUUCCCAGCCCAGGAGCAGGAAGCGUGCAGGAACAGCCAGAAGGAAUGACCCUGGUAAAAGAGGAAGGGGACAAAGAUGAAAGCAAGCAGGAGCCUGAAGUGGUGUACGAGACAAACUGCCACUGGGAAGGCUGCUCCCGGGAGUUUGACACGCAGGAGCAGCUCGUGCAUCAUAUAAACAACGACCAUAUACAUGGUGAGAAGAAAGAGUUUGUGUGCCGAUGGCUGGACUGUUCCCGGGAGCAGAAACCAUUCAAAGCCCAGUACAUGCUGGUGGUCCACAUGAGGAGACAUACAGGGGAAAAGCCACACAAAUGCACUUUUGAAGGUUGUACAAAGGCCUACUCCAGACUAGAAAACUUGAAAACGCACUUGAGAUCUCACACUGGAGAGAAACCGUAUGUGUGUGAACACGAGGGCUGCAACAAAGCUUUCUCCAACGCAUCCGACAGGGCCAAGCACCAAAACAGGACUCAUUCCAAUGAGAAACCGUAUGUUUGCAAGAUACCGGGCUGCACGAAGCGCUACACGGACCCCAGUUCUCUGCGGAAACACGUGAAGACCGUGCACGGCCCCGAGGCGCACGUCACCAAGAAGCAGCGGGGAGAUAUCCACCCGAGGCCUCCACCACCCAGAGACCCAGGCAGCCACUCUCAGACCCGGUCACCAGGCCAUCAGACUCAGGGUGCAAUUGGUGAGCAGAAGGACCUCAGCAACACUACCUCAAAGCGUGAAGAAUGCCUCCAGGUGAAGGCGGUCAAGUCGGAAAAACCAAUGACAUCUCAGCCAAGCCCUGGUGGUCAGUCUACAUGCAGCAGCGAACAGUCCCCCAUCAGCAACUAUUCCAACAAUGGGAUCGAGCUUACUCUGACCGGUGGUGGUAGUGUAGGAGACCUCAGUGUCAUCGAUGAAACCCCAAUCAUGGACUCUACCAUUUCCACAGCCACCACAGCACUUGGCUUACAGGCCAGGAGGAAUAUGACAGGGACCAAAUGGAUGGAGCAAGUGAAAUUAGAAAGGUUGAAACAAGUUAAUGGAAUGCUUCCAAGACUGAACCCCGUUCCACCUUCCAAAGCCCCGACCUUGCCGCCUCUCAUAGGAAAUGGUACCCAGUCGAACAGCAGCUGCAGUGUAGGAGGAUCCAUGACUAUUCUGCCAAACAGGAACGAACUUUCCAGUACGGACAUCACUGUGUUGAACAUGCUGAACAGGAGGGACAGCAAUACCAGCACCAUCAGUUCAGCCUACCUGAGCAGCCGCAGGUCCUCUGGAAUCUCACCUUGCUUCUCCAGCCGGAGGUCCAGCGACGCCUCCCAGGCGGAGGGCAGACCUCAGAACGUGAGUGUUGCAGACUCCUACGACCCCAUCUCGACGGAUGCCUCCCGGCGCUCCAGCGAAGCGAGCCAGUGUGAUGACCUGCCAAGUCUUCUCAGCCUCACCCCGGCCCAGCAAUACAGGCUGAAAGCUAAAUACGCAGCAGCUACUGGUGGACCCCCACCAACUCCACUGCCCAACAUGGAGAGGAUGAGCCUCAAAACAAGGAUGGCACUCUUGGGUGACUGCAGGGAGUCCGGAGUAUCUCCACUGCCUCCAGUGAACGCCCCUCGAAGAUGUAGUGACGGUGGGGCAAAUGGUUACAGCAGGAGGCAUUUUCUGUCUCACGAUGCUCUAGGAAACGGGACGAGGAGAGCCAGCGAUCCAGUAAGAAUAGCCUCUGACAACCUCUCUGUCCCUAGAGUCCAGCGUUUCAACAGUCUUAAUAGCUUUAACCCUCCUGCUUUGCCUCCAUCCAUGGAAAAGCGCAACCUCGUCCUUCAGAACUACACCCGUUCUGAGGGUGGCGUCUUCCGCGGCUUCAGCUCCCCCUGUCCUCCAAGCAUCAGCGAGAACGUGGCCCUGGAGGCUGCUACGAUGGAAGCGGGUGGCAGCCUGAAUGACGAGGAUCUCCUGCCGGAUGACGUGGUUCAGUAUCUGAAUUCCCAGAACCAGGGCAUGUACGACCACUUGUUGAACGGCGUCCUAGACGGCAACAAGAUGCAUCACGGCUCAGUGUUAGGAAACAACAGCAACCCCGGCAGCUUUGACCAAGCCCCACCACCCAGCGGUCAGCAGGCAGGUUCCGAGGCCAACAAGAGCGACUUGCCCAUCCAGUGGAACGAAGUAAGCUCGGGAAGUUCUGACUUAUCUCCUUCCAAGCUGAAAUGCGGCCAGCGCUCGGCGGUGCAGCAGGCUCGGGCCUUCGGACUGUAUAACAAUAUGAUGGUCCAGCAGCAGCAGAACCUGGAGAGAAGCAACCUGGCCCAGCAGAACGGCUACCAGAACCUGGUGGAGAAUGGUGGUUCCUAUGGUUUACAGCAAAACCCGGCUCUUGGCGGCGGGGCCGGUAAUUCUUUCAGCGUGCAGCCCAAUAAGCCUUACAGAGAAAGCAUCAGCAGGCAAGGAAUGAUGUCCGGGGCAAUGGACAACUCCUGUGGCGUGGCAGUUCAAGGACAGAAGCUGAGGAGCAGCAACGUGCCAGUGAGUGGGAACCAGCAAAAUUUCAGCCAUCCCAUGGCAUCCAGCGAGCAAGCCACCAGUAUGGCAAAUGGGAUGCAGAACAGGAACAUGAUGGAACAGGAAUAUUUGCCCAACCAACCGGUCGGAGACGGCGUUCAUUACCAGGGAGUCAAUCAAGCCGGUCAAAUGAUGCUAGGGCAAGUUAGUCCUACCUCACAAAGCAGCCUGUAUCAAGGGCCACAGAGUUGCCCACCAGUGUCUCACGCCGUUGGUAGCCAGCCUUCAGGUUUGUUGGUGGCCAAAAGUUACCAGCCAUGCUCUAAUUACAGCGGCAGCAGACGGCAAAACGUGUUGAGGAACAACCUGGCGCAACAGCAAGGACACCUAAGCGAUGGCAACCAGGCCUACAGGGUAAACACCAUUAAGAUGGAGAUGCAAGGUCAAUCACAGCAGUUCUGCUCUAACGCGCAGAAUUACUCUGGUCAGUUGUAUGACCAAACCACGGGCUUUAGCCACCAAGCUAUGAAAACAGGUUCUUUCUUUGGUUCGGAAGCUACCUGCCUGCUGCAGGGGACUGCGACUCCAAACUCAUCCGAGCUUCUUUCCCCGGGGGCUAACCAAGUGUCCAGCACGGUUGACAGCAUCGACGGCAACAGCCUAGAGGGUGUGCAGCUCGAUUUCGAUGCUAUCAUAGAUGAUGGGGACCAUGUCAGCUUGAUUUCGGGAGCCCUGAGCCCGAGCAUCAUUCAGAACCUCUCCCGCAAUUCCUCACGCCUCACCACUCCCCGAGCGUCUCUUACAUUCCCAGCGAUGCCCGUAAGCACAACCAACAUGGCUAUUGGGGACAUGAGCUCUUUGUUGACCUCACUUGCAGAAGAAAGCAAGUUUCUUGCUGUUAUGCAAUAGACAUAAAAAAAACAAAACAAACAAACAAAACAAAAAAAAAAAACCCCUUAGGAGAUAACAGAUGGGAAAAAAGAGAAAAAAAAAAGACUCAUAUUUUUUAGUUGUGUAUGUAUUUUAGCAAUCUCAUCUCACCUAAAUGGGAUGUGUUUCAAGUAUAUUCCUUUUAUGGAAUAAGGACUCUGAAAACCCUAAAGUGUUCUAGGGAGAAACUGUCUUCCAUUUCAGUUUUGAAUCAGUAUUGCUACACCCAUUCCCCCUCCUCUCUCUUUUCUCUCUCUCUCUCCCCCCUUUUUGAAUGUCUGUACGCUUCUUUUUCCUUUUUUUUUUUUUUAAUUGUAAACCAAUGUAAACGUGUGAAGUGCAUGUUUUUGUUUUGUUUUGGGGUGGUUUGUUUUUUGGUUUUUUUUUUUAAAGAAAGGUCUGAUGGAAAGACUUUGCAAUUUUCUGUCACUCAAAAGCAACUAUAGACCUUGGAAAACUGUCGCAGCUUUUCCCCCUAAACGUGUAGGCACAAAAUAACCAGGCACAAUGUGAAGUGAGCAUACAGUGAUGAAAUCCCCUCUGGAUGCUUGGGAUACAUCGCACUGAGGUGGACAACCAGCUUAGAAAUGCACUGCCAUGGUAGUUCCAGAGUCAUGGAGCACAAGGAAUUAGGAGGUUAAAGCAAAAAAAAAGAAAUGUAAACCCAUCAGCCCUUUGAUCCCUAGCGAAUGUUUAAGGUUUUUGUAAACACACACACAGAUAGCUGUCACUGCCUUGCAUCAUGAUAGUGAGACUGUGUCAUGCUUAAUCCAUUUCAGAAGAAGGAGAGGACCAGAAAGCUCUUCUUAGUCCAUCUUCCAGCUCUCAUCUUUUGCAGUAUUUGGUAUUCUGUUUUUCAGCCUUUUUUUUUUUAAGUGACUGGAUAGUAAAAUUAUGGGCAUGCUUGGCCAUUUGGGUAGUCUAUAAUCCCUUCAUUGCAUACCACAUUUGUGGAGAGGCCAUCAGGGUCUUAUGGAGUAUUUCAUACAGUGAAAUAACAAAAUUGCAGUAUUCUAUACUGGGGAUUUUUUUUUUUAAGAGAUGCAAAAUAAUGAGGUGUAAUUUGCUGAGCCACUGGUUCUUAUUCUCAGUAACGAUUCCUUUUCCAGGUGAACUGUUUUGCACUUCCCUUUUAGGCCGUAUAGCUUUGUGGAUGGAUCAUAUAUUUUAAAAUAAGUAAACACCCAUUGACAUUACACACAGUUACGGCUUCAGAAGCAUCAUGGUAGGAGGUUGUAGAGAAGCCGGGGUUGGUCUCUUCUCCCAAGUCCCAGGCGAUGGGACAAGAGGAAAUGGCCUCAAGUUGUACCAGGGGAGGUUCAGGUUGGAUAGUAGGAACAAUUUCUUCACUGAAAGGGUUCUUAAGCCUUGGACUGGGCUGCCCAGGGAAGGGGUUGAGGCCCCAUCCCUGGAGGGAUUUAAAAGCCGGGUUGCCACAGUGCUUAGAGACAUGGGUUAGUGAUGGUUUUUGAUCAGAAUUAGGUUGAUGGUUGGACUAGAUGAUCUUAAAGGUCACUUCCAACCACACCGUGCUCCUGGGUGAACAGGUUGGGAUGGAGAACAGUUACAAGGCCCACUCCUCGAAGCUGCAAGUCCAGCCUUUGCAGACUUCUCAGUUAAAUACUGGUAGUAAAAUGCUGCUAUGGGACGUAAGUGGUGCAGGCACAUGCAGUCAUGGGUUUGAUGUCUGUAAGGAGCUGGUGUUAGAGUAGACAUACAAUGAGAAGGAGGAGUGUGGUCUGUUCUGAAAUACACAUAAACUUUAGCCCAGUCAAAAUUAGGAGCAGCACCAGAAGGUGAUUUCUAUAGGCUAGAAGGGAAAUAGCGCUCUGUUUUUUUGACUGUAAAAAAAAAGGUGAAAUACCAGCUGAUUCAGGGCAUGGCAUUUGAGGAAUGUGUAGAAAUACAACCUCAGUGAAGCUGUUGGAUAACAUUGAUCUAUUAACAGCUGUUAGACUCAGAGGAAGAAGCUGUAAAUCAGUAGGAAAACAUCAUAGGAAUCCAGCGCUGGGGCCGUAUGUGGGCUUAUCACAGCAUGUACCCAGUGAUUUGCACUGCGAGCUGGAAUGUCAGAAAUCAAGACAAAUGUAAAUAUCCUACAGCUUCUUAUCAUCACCCAGCUCCUGUCUUGCUCCGUGUCUUUAGCAAGCAUCUCUUCCUUCCUCUGUCUCGUGCCUUUUGCUGGUUCCCCUCCCGAUGUCCUUGCCCCUGCCCGGGGGACCCUCCUGCCAUGGUCCCUUGCUCCCUUCUGAUGGGAGAAGGAGGGAUGCCUCCAGCUGGGCAGGUCACCAGGGGAAGGAGGGAUGCUCUGGUGGUCACGUUGAAGAUGGCAGUGCUAUGAUACAGCUCACAUCCCUGCAGAGAAACAGCAGCGUAUGCAUGAGGAAAGGCUGUGCUGGAUGGGUUUCAGAUGGUUCUCGGUAACCAAUCGCUGGCUGUUUAUUAAGCCAUCAAUUACAUGUUUAUAAACAAUUUCAACAGGGAGACUUAUGACCAGCUUGGGAGUAGGUGGCUUGGGAGAGAAGCCUUUUAUUGUUAUAGAGCCAAUACAUUAAAAAAAAAAAAAAAAGACCCAAACCCCAAACCUAUUUUUUUUAAACUCAAUUUUCCAGUUCAUAAUUGUAUUUGCUGGUCGAAUUGAAGCUGGGAAGCUAUUAACAGAUGUGAUCCAUCAGAGCUUAGAAGGAGCCAUUCAUAUUGCUCAAGGCUAAAAGGGACUGUUUGAGUAGCUAAUUUGCCUUCCUGGAUUUGACAAACCUUCGUCACUCACUUACCCCUGUCUUGGGCCAACAAUAUGUCUUAGCCAAAACCACAUGCUCCAGACAGGCAUCCCGGUUUGAUUUGGCAAAGUUAAAGAACCAGAGACUUCACUGUGUCCCCGGGGAGCUCGUGCAAGUGGUUUAUCAUUUUCCCCGUUAAGCUUAUGCACCACUUAGGGUCAUGUGCCACUUUUUGGCAUUUAGUGUCUUCUCAUGCUUUUCUGGUUUAUGCUAAAGAGCUUGGGGUUUGGUACCUGUGAGGGUACCAAGAGCUAUCUUGGGGUUUGGGUUUGUUUUGAUAAGGUAGAUUGGGCUCUCUGAGUGUGGCACUGUUAGGCUGGACACCAGUUUUCACUUCUCAACCUCCUCCUCAAUGCGUGGCAGUCUGGGGAAAGUCCCCCCAGCAUUGCUUACUGGUUUACUGGCACCCCUCUAUCCUGCCCUUCCAGUUACACAGCUGAAGCUUGCUUUUGUCUAUCUGGCACAUCACUUGGCGUUGCCAUAGCUGGUGGAAACCCACCGCUCCCCCUAGAGUACUAGAAAAUGCAGAAAAUAUUGUGAAUUUCCUAUUUUUAAACCAUCACAGCCUGAGUCUAAAUCACCUUUUCUUCUGAUGGCUCUACGGGGGUCUUCAGAUUCGUUACUGUUGGCCUUGGGCGCAUCCGCCUCGGUCAGCCUACGUGAAGCAUGCCCCUAUCUCCAUGGGAAGUGUGUGGGGGGGUCUCCCCUGAGGGUUCAUCCCUCAGGUUCCCCCACCAGGUGGAGAAAAAGAGGGGGUUUGCAGAGAAGUCAGUCAGUGGGCUUCCAGAGGGGGGCUUCGCUGGUGAGGACGAUGGCCCCAUGCAUCCACAUGGCAGACGGUGCCGUUCUCCCCUUGGAGGACGGCCCCAAAUGGUACGUGCAUGAAGAUGCUGGCUGGCUCAUUGGCUUCCAGUCAUUGUCCCCCUGCCCACCCCUUGAUGAAAUGGCUGGUUGGCUUGCCCACACCCGUUGCACAAUGGCUCAGUCCUUCUGAACAGCCCCAGUUCAUCAUAUUCUCGCAAUGUAUGUGCCUUAUUUUGUGUUGAUCCUGUAAAAGAGAGGGACCAAGAUGUGUUGCCAAAUUUCCCCGAUGAGGCUGUACUCGCCAUUCAGCUAAUAGCACAUACCACUGUUAAAUAGUGUCCGAAACGUCUUGUAAACCUCUGGUGUUAUUGUCCUUGGAUUGGUGGAAUGUCUCCUAUGGAACAGUUACUGUUGUCAGUCCUGCAGAUGUGUAAGAUAAAAAAAAAAAAGUGUUCUUUUUUUUUUUUUCAUUUUUUUAAAGUUUUUUUAUAAAGCUUGUAAUCCUUUUUUUUUAAAAAAAAAAAGAAAAAAAAAAGAAAAUGUGUAAAUACAUUUACGUACAGUAGGAAUAGUGUUGGGCUGUAACGGGCCUUAGUGGUCUUCAUUUGAUAAACCUGCAGUUAUGAUCUGAUGUUUCUCGAGCCUUAGGUUGAUCUGAAGGGUCUGUAGCACUGUGUACAUACAAACUGUACUUCUGCUUUCAGAACCACUUAGCUCUUUUGUAACAAAGAAGGAAAAAAAAAAAAAAGA